AUGGAGGAAGAGACCAUAGAUGAAAUUGAUAAUGUAGAGAAGACAGGUCCUGAACCCAGUGGUGAUUUAAUUGACUUCGAUCUUGUUCCUCCAUCCCUAGUGCUAGAGCAGGUUGGCUAUGAAAUUCAAAAUGAUCAACAAGGUAUAGAUGAUGCAGAUGCUCCCAUACAAGUUGAGAUAGAUGAUAGUCCUCAUGAGCAAUUACCUAUACCAGAAGUUCCAUCACCAAUUCCACUCAGGAGGUCUAUUGGAGACCGACAACCUUCCACACGGUAUUCUAUAAAUGAGUAUGUUUUACUAACUGAUGGGGGAGAACCCGAGUGUUUUGAAGAAACAAUGGAAGAUGAACACAAGAAUGAGUGGGUUGAAGCCAUGCAAGAUGAGAUGAAGUCAUUGCAUGAGAAUCACACCUUUGAGUUAGUGAAAUUUCCUAUGGGAAAAAGGGCUCUGAAUAAUAGGGGUGAAGAUACUCGCAACAACUUCACUAGCUUCCUUAACUUAGUUCUAAAAGAUAGAGGAAUUAAUGUCUUUAUUGAUAGUGAAACAUUAUGGGCUGGAGAAGCCAUUGGCCCAUCUUGUCUUAGAGCGAUCGAAAGGUCCAAGAUCUCAAUCCCUAUAUUCUCUGGAAGUUAUGCGCAUAGCAAAUGGUGCUUGCUGGAGCUUGCUCACAUACUUCAAUGCCACAUAUCCAACGGUCAAAUAGUCCUGCCCAUAUUCUUUGACCUUGAUCCAUCGCAUGUUCGGAAUCAGACUGGAAGUUUUGAAGAAGCAUUUCGGGAACAUGAGAAGAAUUUUGAGCCCUUUAUUGUUGAGAGUUGGAGAGAAGCUUUAAGGGUGAUUGGGAAUUUGAAAGGAGAAGUUAUUGACAAAACCAAGGAUCAAGCAAAGAUAGUUGAAUUACUUGGCAAAAGGGCUUUGGAUGAACUAGUCAGUAGUACACACUUGGCUGAAUGUAAAUACCCUAUUGGAAUAGAUUCCCGUGUAGGAGAUUUAUUAUCCUUAUUAAAUAAUGGAUCCAAUGAUGUUCAAUUCGUGGGUAUCUGUGGUAUCGAUGGCAUUGGGAAGACAACCAUUGCGAAGGUUGUUUAUAAUUGCAUCCUUUUAAACUUCAAUAGGCGUAGUUUUCUUUCAGACAUUAAAGAACAAGCAAAGCAAUGCAUGGGUCUUGCGUCGUUGCAGAAGAGACUUCUUAAAGAUAUUUUUAAAACAGACUUUGACAUAGGUCAUUAUCAUAGAGGAAAAAAAUUAAUCGAGGAAAGACUUUGUGAAGAAAAUGUUCUUCUUGUUCUUGAUGAUGUGGACAGUAAAGAGCAAGUAGAUGCUUUGGCUGGUGGACUUAAUUGGUUUGGUCAAGGAAGUCGGGUCAUAAUAACAUCUAGGGAUGAACAUAUUUUGAAUGUGGCUAACAUUGAUAAAGAUAAAAUCUAUUGGUCUAGAGAGCUUGACCAUGUGGAAUCUCUUCAACUAUUUAGUUUGCAUGCUUUUUCAAUGGAUGAACCUCCUCAUCAAGAUUUUGUGCAACUUUCACGAGAUGUUGUACACUACUCGGGAGGGUUGCCUUCAAUUCUAGAAGUGUUGGGGUCUUAUCUAUCAGACAUAAACAACAAAGAAGAAUGGAGGAGUAUAUUGCGAAAAUUGAACACAGGUAAAGCUUCUAUCUCCAGUCUUGCAUCCUUACGCAAGCAGAGAAAGAAGACACGACUUAUGACAUCUUUACGCAAGCACAGAAAGAACUUCUGCCCCUUCGCUUCCUCUGUCUGGAAGAGGAUCCUUAGCUCCUGCUGGCCGUCUCGCAGGAGAAUCCUUCGUUUGUCUAGAGAAUGGAUCUGGGUUGACAUGGCUUUCGGUGGAUCCACCAUCUAUGAUACUAUUGGGAAGCUUGCCUUUGGUGCUGCGAUCAAUCAUAUAUGGAUGGAGCACAAUAUUCGUAGAUGA